GCCAGCGUCAAACCCACCACAUGUUUCCACAUGAUUUAUGUAUUUUUCUACUUUCUGAUAUCAGCAGCGGCAAUAGAUUUAAACCUCUGAGAACCGAACUUGUUCAAUCUCUGGUCCCAUCAACACUAAGCCCUUUGAUGAUUUACUAUUACAAUCCAGUUUGGUUGAUAGUACUCACUCUAGACAGGUUUGAGAUGACCAAUGGGUACCUUUGUGGAGGUCUUUGUCUGUUUUUGCCUACUGUCAGCCAUAAGAACCUCCACUGCUGUUGAUACCAUUAGUCCAGGUCAGUCUAUCAGAGAUGGGGAUACCAUUGUUUCAAGUGGGCAAACCUAUGAACUUGGGUUCUUCAGCCCUGGUAGUUCAUCGGGACGAUACGUGGGAAUUUGGUUCAAGAAGAUUUCUACGGGAACUGUUGUUUGGGUAGCCAACCGAGAAACUCCAAUUCGUGAUCGCUCAGGAGUUCUAAAUUUCACAGACCAAGGGAUUCUUCUUCUUCUGAAUCGGACAAAUGGCGUCAUCUGGUCAUCUAAUAAAACAAGAACUGCAAGGAAUCCGAUUGCUCAGCUCUUAGACUCUGGAAAUUUUGUUGUGAAGGAUGAAAAUGAUGCUAACCCGGAAAAUUAUCUAUGGCACAGCUUUGAUUAUCCAGGUGACACCAACCUACCAGGCAUGAAACUUGGAAGAAAUUUGGUUACUGGUCUGGACUGGACUUUAUCAUCUUGGAAGAGCUUAGAUGACCCUGCUAGAGGUGAUUAUACUGCCGGUAUUGAUCCUCAUGGGUAUCCGCAGCUGCUUUAUAAGAAGGGGAAUAAAAUAACAUUCAGAGCUGGUUCUUGGAACGGUAUUCGCUUUACAGGGGCUGCUAGACUCAGACCAAAUCCCGUGUACACAUACGAAUUUGUGUUGAAUGAAAAAGAGGUCUACUACAAUAUUCACCUUCGAAACCGUUCAGUGAUGUCAAGGUUGGUGGUGAAUUCCACGGGGGUUACAGAGCGCUUGACAUGGAUAGAUCAAACACAUAGUUGGGCUCGUUAUUUUGCAGUUGGUGAAGAUCAGUGUGACACUUAUAAUCUCUGUGGUGCAAAUGCUAAAUGCAAUAUCAAUAACUCACCCCUGUGUGAUUGCUUAGAAGGGUUUGAACCCAAAUCUGAGAGAGACUGGAGUUUCCAAGAUUGGACUAGUGGGUGUGCUCGAAAGACUGCCUUGGCUUGCAAGAGAGGAGAAGGCUUCGUAAAGCAUCCAGGAAUGAAGAUGCCAGACACGUCUGGGUCGUGGUUCAAUAGGAAUAUGAGCCUCAAGGAAUGCGAGGAUUUGUGCUUGAAGAAUUGCUCUUGCGUUGCAUAUGCGAAUACGGAUAUUACUGCAGGAAGUGGAUGCUUGCUUUGGUUUAGUGAGCUGAUUGACAUUAGGGAAUUUGCUGAUGUAGGGCAAGACCUCUAUGUACGAAUGGCUACUUCAUACCUAGAGAAGAUGAGAAGCGUAAUUGGAAGGGAUUACAACGAUCAAAGCAGAAAUGAAGACUUGGAGUUACCAAUAAUUGAUUUGAUCACCAUAAUGAAGGCCUCAGAUAACUUUUCAAGUGAAAACAAGCUGGGAGAAGGUGGUUUUGGACCUGUGUACAAGGGCAUAUUUUUAGAUGGGCAGGAAAUUGCAGUAAAGAGGCUUUCAAUGAGUUCUGGACAAGGGCUUGAAGAGUUUAAAAAUGAAGUUCUGUUAAUUGCCAAACUUCAGCACCGCAAUCUUGUGAAGCUUCUUGGUUGUUGCAUUGAAGGAGAUGAAAGAAUGUUAAUUUAUGAGUACAUGCCCAAUAAAAGCUUGGACUUCUUUAUAUUUGAUCAAUCACGAAGCAAGCUAUUGGAUUGGAACAAGCGCAUCAACAUUAUUGAUGGAAUUGCUAGGGGGCUUCUAUAUCUUCAUCAAGACUCAAGACUCAGGAUCAUCCACAGAGAUCUAAAAGCUAGCAAUGUUUUACUAGAUAAAGAUAUGAACCCAAAAAUUUCAGAUUUUGGCAUGGCAAGAAUAUUUGGUGGAGAUCAAACUGAGGCUAAUACAAAUAGAGUUGUGGGAACAUUUGGCUAUAUGGCUCCUGAAUAUGCUGUUGAUGGACUCUUCUCUGUGAAAUCUGACAUCUUUAGCUUUGGGGUAUUAGUAUUGGAAAUAGUGAGUGGGAGAAAAAAUAGAGGAUUUCACAGUCAUGAUCAUCUCCAUAACCUUGUUGGACAUGCAUGGAGGCUGUGGAUGGAAGAAAGGCCACUAGAAUUAAUCGAUAAUAUGUUAGAGGAGUCUGCUGCCUUUUCAGAAAUAAUAAGGUGCAUUCAUGUAGGUCUUCUAUGUGUGCAGAAACGACCUGAGGACAGGCCAAACAUGUCAACUGUAGUGCUAAUGUUAGGUGGUGAGAGUUCGUUGCCCCAGCCAAAGCAGCCUGGGUUUUUCACAGAAAGGUUUACGCCUGAGGCAGAGUCUUCUUCAAGCAAUUACAGAUCAACUUCAACAAAUGAAAUCACAGUUACAAUGUUGGAUCCCCGGUAGAAGACCAUCAAUUGAACUUAUAGUAAAACUGAAGGUUUUCUUGCAAAAAUUCAAAAAAGAAAAGGGUAAGAAAUUAAAAUUGUUCAGAUGGUAUCUCUGUGAUAUUUAGGUAGUGCUUGAACUUGUGGACUGCUGCCUUGAGAUAUAUAAGAAGCACACUGCUAUACUGACACUAGUGAAUUAGGAAUAUUUUCGAUAAUGGCUGUGGUAUCUAUUCCCAUUUAAAUUA